AUGCAACGUACAUUACUGAACGUUAUAUUCAUCAUAUUGAUCUCUGUAUGCUACAGUAAUGCCAAUACCACCGAAUCAUCCACGGCUACAUGUAGAAAAUGUUCUCCUUGUUGGAGUUUUUUUGGUAAAAACUAUGGUCCAUGUUCGGAAGGAGAAUUUACAAUAAAUCCAUUUGGUGGUGUGCAACCAAUCUGUAUUGAUGCAUUUAUUUUACUGAUCAUAAUAUUUGUCGGUAUUCUUGUUCUUAUACCAACUUGUCUCUGGCUUUUUUCUUUAUGGGUCAGACGCUGUCGCAAGAUCGGUGGAAAAUAUGUUGUUAAUGAACGUAUCAUUAAUUGA